CCGUUCACCUCACCUGUUAUCACGUUCAUCAUAGCUCCUCCUCGUUUUCAGUUUCAGAAAUAUACUUCGUCUUUCACUCUCUAUACAUAUAUCUCACCCCAUAAUAUUCCAGUAUGAUGUUAGCAAUGGAAGAAGUACUAUGUGAACUUAGUGAUCAUGAAAAGAAAAACGAGCAAGGUCUACCACCUGGUUUCAGGUUUCACCCAACUGAUGAAGAACUCAUUACCUUUUAUUUGGCUUCUAAGGUUUUCAAAAAUACUUAUUUCAAUAAUGUCAAGUUUGCUGAAGUUGACCUCAACAGAUGUGAGCCAUGGGAACUUCCAGAAAUGGCAAAGAUGGGAGAAAGAGAGUGGUAUCUGUUCAGCUUGAGAGACAGAAAAUAUCCAACUGGGCUUAGAACAAACAGAGCAACAAGUGCUGGUUACUGGAAAGCAACUGGGAAGGACAAGGAAGUUUACAGCUGUAGUAGUAGAUCCCUUUUGGGGAUGAAGAAGACCCUUGUUUUCUACAAAGGAAGGGCCCCUCGUGGUGAAAAGACCAAAUGGGUCAUGCAUGAGUACCGUUUACACUCUCAUCACUUUUCUCCUUCGAAUACCUGUAAGGAAGAGUGGGUGAUAUGCAGAAUAUUUCAUAAAUCAGGGGAAAAGAGAAAUUCACUACUCCAAAUUCAAGGACAUUUAGGUGGUAAUCCUAAUUUAAGCCCCCAAAAAAGCUGUUUACCUCCUACACCACUUUUACUUGCAACUUCAUUUACACAACUAGACCAAAAUGACCAAUUACUCUCACAUUCUCAUAAUAUUUUCCCAUUACCUACAUUCCAACCUUCCUUCUCAAUGAUCAAUCACACCACCAGAAACAACAAUAAUAGUCCAUCUUCAGAACUACUCUUCAAGUCACAACAAAAUUACACCAUGAAGCAGACCAUUCCAAAAACAGAAGCUACUUUCUAUGAUCAGCAGAAAUCAAUAGAUGAUGCUCUUAACAUAAGAUGGAUUAUUGACAAUAAUAAUAAUUAUGAAAACUCUUUAUUCCCUGUGGAGAUGGAGAUGGAGAUGGAGAUGGAUGGUGCUGCUCAUGAUCUGAUUGCAUUCUCAGGAGCUGCUACAAAUGCUGAAUUUAGGGACAUAUCAAUUAUUAACAGUAGAGGAGGAGGAGGAGUAGUUGGUCCUAUGGGAAUAGAUUCUUGGCCACAUGCUCAACUUGUCUAAAGUCUAAACUACCUAGCACUAGUAGCAGUAGCUUCAUUCAUGUAUAUGUACUGUACUUCCGUAUACUGACCUGCGGUAACUACUACUACGUACUAACUACAGUACCAUAAAUAAUUUUGUACUAUGCCUAUGCCUAUGCCUAUGUCAAGCUAGCUAAGCUUUAUGAAUGAUCUAAUAGUGGAUAGUUAAUUUGUAAUAACUUUUUGUGGCUACAAAGUAAGAUGUGUGGAUGAUUGAAUAUGGUUGUUUUCAUCUUGUGUUUGAACGUAUUUGAUAA